CAUCAGAAGUCAAAGUAACUGACAGUCUGAACCGUCAGCGUCGCCCGAAAAGAACAUGGCCUCUAGCUCGGGGGAAAACCUCUCGUGUCCCAUUUGCCAGGACAUUUUCAAAGACCCGGUCGUCCUGUCGUGCAGCCACAGCUUCUGCCGGGCCUGCCUCCUGAGGUGGUGGGCGGAGAAGGAAACACGACCGUGUCCGUGCUGCCAGAGGAAGUCAUCGAGGACUGACCCUCCUCGCAACCUGGCGCUGAAGAACCUGUGCGAGGCCUUUCUGCAGGACAAGGACCGGUGGGCGGCAGCCGGGCCCGAGCACAUGUGCAGCCUGCAUGGUGAGAAGCUCAAGAUCUUCUGUCUGGACCACCAGGAGCCGGUCUGCUUGGUCUGCCGGGACUCUGAGACUCACAGCAACCACAGCUUCAGACCCAUCAACGAGGCGGCCCGGGAUCUCCGCCAGGAGCUGCAGAGAGACCUGACACCCCUCCGGGAGAAGCUGACGCUCUUCCAGCAGGUGACGGGGGAAUGCAUCUACACUGCAGACUACCUCCGGUUCCAGGCCCGGGACACCGAGAAGCAGAUCCGGCAGAAGUUUCAGAUGCUUCACCAGUUCCUGGAAGAGGAAGAGAAGGCGAGGAUGGAGGCGCUGAGGGAGGAGGAGGAGCAGAAGAGUCGGGCGAUGAAGGAGAAGGUGGAGGCUCUGACCCGGGACAUGGACGCUCUUUCAGACACGAUCAAAGCGACGGAGACAGAGCUGAGAGCCGGAGACGUCUCGCUGCUGCUCAACCACAAGGUGCUGACCUCGAGGGUCAGGCAGGGCCCGGUUCUGCAGGACCUGGAGCCGGUUUCAGGGGCUUUGAUAGAUGUGGCCAAACAUCUGGGCAACCUGACCUUCAACGUCUGGAAGAAGAUGAGGGACAGGGUGAACUACAGUCCCGUGAUCCUGGAUCCAAACACCGCCAACCCAGAGCUCGUCGUGUCUGACGACCUGAUGAGUGUCACAUUCGGGGGGUCGGGAGAUCUUCCGAGCAACCCGGAGAGGACCAGGUUCCCCAGCACCGUCCUGGGCUCCGAGGUGGUGAAGUCAGGGACUCACCAGUGGGUAGUGGAUGUUGAAGGCAACGCUGACUGGGAGGUGGGAAUGCUGGAAGCCGAUGGUGGCGACACAGCAGAGCCGCGGCGGUGGAGGAUUUCACUCAAGGAUGGUAGAUACAAGGCGUUGGCUGGAUCGGGCUCGGAGCAAGACCUGCAGGUGGGGAAGCUCCGGGGGAUCAUGGUUCAUCUGGACUUCGACAAGGGGGAACUGUCGUUCGUGGAUGUUGAAACAGAAGAAGCCAUCCACACCUUCACGCACACGUUCACGGGCGAGAUGUUUCCUUACAUGAACACUCGGAGCUCAGUCCCACUGGAGAUCAUGCCAGUCAAGGUUUCCGUGACGAUACCGAGUUUGGCAGAUGAGGACGAGGGAUCAGACCCUGAACCCUGAGACGAUUCAACAUCCCCUGGAAGGUCGUAUCAUCGUCCGCCUCGUUUGCAUUUCACAUUCUUGUCGGACUUGUGGACUUGUUCAGCUCCAGCGUGUCUCAGCGUUUCAGUUCCAGAUCAAAAUGUUGGCUGAUCUGUGAACGUGAAUCCAGGAAAAAUGCUUCUGGAUGAUUUGAUUUGAUUUGAUUUAUUUUGUACAUGUAAAAAACAACAAUUCAAGAGAAGAUAAGAAAAAAAAACAACAAAACAAAGAAUGUCAUACUUUAACACUUAAUAUCUUCAUUUACAAGUGCAAAAAGGAGUAGGAAGAAGUGUACACUUUUUUUUAAUCCUACCCCAUUCACUAAUCAUUUAACCUGUAUUUAUAAAUACUCACACACUGUA